AGUUUUGGCGUAGGGCUGUAGUUCUGCCUUCUCAAAGAUUCCACAACUCGUCCACUGGUAUACGCCAUAAUGAGGGCCGUCAGGAUAGCCAUCGUGGACGAUAACCCGCUCAUCAAGCAAAUCAUGGUGCCAUGGCCAAGCAUCUUGCAAUACAAGUCCAACCUGAGGACUUGUUCUCGGACGGCUUGUCUCUCUUGAAAGCGCUUUCGACCCAUCGAUACGAUUUGAUUUUGCUCGACAUCGAUAUGCCAGUACUUGAUGGACUUCAAGCGACUUUCAAAAUUCGAAACCCUGGCCAGCGGUCAGAUUCUGCCUCAGUCCGAAGCGCCAUCCGCGAAGGCCCAGUUACGCACAGCACAAAGUUGACAUCCCAAGCCCGGCCAGUGACGCCGUCGCCAACAGUGAGACAGAUGCGUUACGCCAUGACGCAAGCCGGCGGAGAUGGUUUAUCGCAAGAGAUCGAGGACUGGGCAGCUAAUGUUUUGGAUGCCAAUCGGCGCACGCCUAUCAUUGCCAUCACAGCAAACGGGUUUUUGGAUGAACAAAGGCGGCAUUGCUUGGCUGUGGGGAUGAACGAGGUCCUAUCGAAGCCGGUGUCACCAGAGACGCUCAAGAAUGUCGUCCAGCGAUAUGUGGACGACGAAGACCGAGAUUUCAAUUUCGUGCACAACGAACCCCUCGGGCUCGUUCCCGAGGCCCCGGAUUCGGCCGGAUAUGGGGCAGGUGCUCACAAAGCGAAACUCACACCUAUAUCCCUCAACGAGCCUGCUCUUGGCAAAGCACUGAAUGAGCGCCUCGGGUCGGUUUCCUCAUCGAAAAAUCUUGCGCACGAUACAUCAGACUAUCCCUCCGACCGUGCCCAUAGUAAAUGGGAUACGGAAAGGGCUUCAAUGUCCCUGCCGCGUGGGUUUAGGCAGAAGACCGAACCCUCUGAAAGCAAAACGCGGCAGCCCGCCAGCGCGAGGCUUUCGACCUUGGCGAAAGGGGAGCUGAGGUUGAAAGGGGAAAACUCAAUAUGGCGUUCGUGCGAUGGGGAAGAUGACGGUGAUAGCCUCGCUUCCAAGCAGAAAACGAGGCCGAGCACCGCACAAAAGAAAGAAAACUCGUUAUGGAGCGCCACGUCUGGUGAGAACCUCGACACGCGACCGCCGUCUGAAAGCCGGCGGCCAAGCCCGAAAAAGGGAGGCUCGCUUUGGAACGCUACGCAGUCCUCUCGACGUCCACGGGCCAACUCAAACGAAGACAGUGGAGGAAUAUGGGCUUCUGCAGAUGAGGACAAUCACUCUGAUGAUGGCAGGCGCGAAGGUAGUCUAUGGGGGAGCGCGCCGGGGAGAGAUCCAACCGACUAUCCCCCGGAAGACCCAACCGACUACCCGACACCCCUACCAUGUGACAAGAAACGUUUUGAGAACUCUGGCAAUUCGGGACAUUCAGGAGAGUCGGAUCGGGAUUCUCCAGAAACGUCGAAAUGCGUCCGACCACCCACUACGGAACACGGUGCGGGUGGCACGAUCCGUCGGGCGUCAAGCAUAAAUCGUCGACGUCCGGAGUCUGGCAAAGCAGUGGAAAGGGAUGGGCAGGCCGCCCAAUAACCGACUGCAGCACCAACGCUCACAUUAUGUAUAUAGAUUCCCGCGCAUUGUAUCGAGCGUUUGCUUCUUUUUGGGAUUAUGGAAUGCCCUGAUACGAAAUCAUACCCUCGACCUCUUUGC